GGCGGGGAGCCACCGGGGCCCGGCGCAUGGCGGCGGGGGCGGCGGGGAGCAUCACCACGCUGCCGGCGCUGCCCGACGACGGGGGUGGCGGCGCCUUUCCCCCCGGGCACUUCAAGGACCCCAAGCGGCUCUACUGCAAGAACGGCGGCUUCUUCCUGCGCAUCAACCCCGACGGCAGGGUGGACGGCGUCCGCGAGAAGAGCGAUCCGCACAUCAAACUCCAGCUUCAAGCAGAAGAAAGAGGAGUGGUAUCAAUCAAAGGUGUAAGUGCAAACCGGUUUCUGGCUAUGAAGGAGGAUGGCAGAUUGCUGGCACUGAAAUGUGCAACAGAAGAAUGUUUCUUUUUUGAGCGUUUGGAAUCUAAUAACUAUAACACUUACCGGUCACGGAAGUACUCUGAUUGGUAUGUGGCACUGAAAAGAACUGGACAGUACAAACCCGGACCAAAAACUGGACCUGGACAGAAAGCUAUCCUUUUUCUUCCAAUGUCUGCUAAAAGCUGA